AUGGCCGGCGAAGGAGAGGCUGUCAUCGUGUUGGACAGCGACAGCUCCCUGGAGGAGAUUUCCAGCGCCUCGGAUGCAGUUCUGUCAGGCAAAAUCAGAAGCUGUUCUGAUGUCAUUUCUGUGAGCACUAUGGAGCAAAUUGCUCCCGCAACUCUCCUUAGACCAAACAGAGGGAGCUCGGUGAAAGAAAUUACUCUUGCAAGUUCUCAAGGGCCAAACAGAGAAAAUCUUGCAUAUGAAGUAAUCCAUAAAAAGAGACGUAUUGAAGAAAUCUGCAUUUGCUGUGGAAGCCUUGAGAUCCACACUCAGCAUCCUUUGUUUCAUGGGGGAAUUUGUGCUCCUUGCACUGAAAGGUUUUUGGAGAGGUUCUUCCUCUGCGAUGAUGAUGGGUUCCAGGCUGACUGUGCUAUCUGCUGCUGGGGAGAAUCUCUUGUGAUGUGCGACAAUCCAGCAUGCAUAAGAUGCAUGUGUACAAAAUGCUUGGAUACCCUUGUCAGACGUGGCAUGGCAAAGCAAGUCAAGGAAAUUAAUCCAUGGAUUUGUUUCUUGUGUCUGCCAUUGGGUGCACAUGGACCUGCAAGUGGAGUUCUAAAGAAAAAGAAGACAUGGAGGACAGGACUGAAGCACUUCUAUGAUCAGGAAUCUAAUCUGUCAAUAUAUCGGCCAUUGAGUCCCAGAGAAAGAACACCAAUAAAGGUGAUUUCUUUGUUUGAAAACAUUUCACAGGAACUUCAAAGUCUUGGGUUCCUAGGAAAAAAUAUGAAGUUGAAAUACAUACAUGAUGUCACAGAUGUAGUGAGGACUCAUAUAGAGGAAUGGGGUCCAUUUGAUUUUGUAUUUGGCUCUACACCUGCACUUGCAAACUCUUAUGAACAUCCAUCUGCCUGGUAUAUGUAUCAGUAUGAUCGUAUUCUUCGAUACAGCAGACCCAUAGAAAGAAGCAGGCCUUUUUUCUGGAUGUUCCUUGAUAAUUUGGUCCUAGAAGAAGAAACCAGGGAUGCAGCUUGUAGAUUUUGGAAGACUGAAGCAGUAGUCAGAAUGAAACUGCAGAAUGGUACCAUCCAGAAUGUUGUACACAUAUGGAGCAACAUUCCCUCUGUGAACAGCAAAUAUUCUGCUUCAUCCUCGUACAUGGAUCUGUUUCAGCUAGCAAAGAACAUCUGCAGAACCAGAAUUUUUUCUGAGCGUCCAGCUACUCUGAUUAAAGAGUUUUUUGUUCCAUUGAAAGACUAUUUUAGGACUUUUUAA